GGGCAUCGAUUGGACCGAAUGUCAAUGUCAGGUGUGGUUAAUUUUAUUGGACACAGGGCGUUUCCUAUUCGCGCGUUCUCCCAUCGAUGGACGCGUGCCCCAUGGAGCGAAACCUUUUCUCCCAGGUGCUAUAUAAAGGCCAGGGGACGAAGUGGACACCAUGAGACCGACCCAAGGUACCUUGGCGAGUACUGUACGCUCAGAUAGCGCGCAAGGAGCCACAGUUUGUCCACAAGAUGAAAUUUCUCAUCAUUCUCUCCGCCCUGGUAGCAGCGGCGUCUGCCAGGCCAGGCUUGCUAGUAGCGCCACAGGUGGCAGCACUUGCGACACCAUCACCAAACUGGUACCUGGCGCGCCCAUAGGACUCGACGGCCGAGUCGUGGACACCCCGGAAGUAGCCCUGGCAAAGGCGGAACACGCGGCAGCCCACAUCAACGAAAGAAUCAAUCUCGCGCAAGAGUCGCUCAAAUCGGCUGAUGCGAUCGCCAUCACAGGUCCCCUUGUCGCCAGCAGCGUGGAACCCAUCGCAGUUGCGGCCAAAAUCGUGCCUGCGGCCCCUCUGGGCCCCGACGGCCGUGUCGUGGACACACCUGAAGUGGCUCUGGCCAAGGCGGAGCACGCUGCCGCUCACAUAAAUCAGAAGAUCGAGCAAGCUGUCGAGCAAAGACAAUCCUCCUCUCUGGAGAUUCCUCUUGUCCUGUCCACGUAUUCAGGACCCGUGAUUCAGAAGGUUUUACUUAACGGGCUUAUCGUUUUCAUCGCAACGGUGGCCAGCUGCAGAGCCGGUUUCCUCGGCUCGCCCUCGUUCGGCGAGCCCCAGGUGCACCCCCAACCGGCGCCCCAGAGGUUCGCACCCCCGGCACCGGUUGGCCAAGACGGAAACGUGAUCGAUACCCCGGAAGUCGCCCAAGCGAAGGCUGCCCACUUCGCGGAAUUCGCUAGGGCCGCGGCCAGAGCCGCCGAGGAGAGCAAGAAUCAGCCCCAAUCGGUCGAGUACAACCCCCAGUCCCAAGCCUACAACUUCCCCUCUUCCCAACCCUCCACCUACGUCAGACAGCAAGCCUAUCAGCCGCCCGCGCCGAUCUACCAAUCUGCUCCAGCGCCAAUGUACAAUCAACCGAAUACGGUAUCAGCCGGUUAUCAGCCGCAGUAUACGGGAAAUACGAACUUUGUCGGGCAGCAAAGUUUCGCUGCCAACGUGAAAUCCACCCCUUUCGUGCCUGCGCCCCUCGCGGAGGAUGGGACUGUAAUCGAUACGCCGGAAGUGGCAGCUCUUAAGGCCGCCAGGUUGGCGGAAUUGGCCGAGGCCGAGGCGAGGGCGUAUAAGUUUGCACAGGAAUACAAACCGGAAGUCCAAGGCCAAGCUUAUGCUAGUCCACCAGCCGCCCCAGUCCAAUACAAUUCUCCCGCGACUAGAGUAUUUCCUGGCGCAGCGCCCUCGUAUCCCGCGGCGCAACCAGCGUUUGGCAAACCUGCUUUCCAACCUCAAAAUUAUCAAUCGCAGCAAUUACUAGAUCGACAGAUCGAACCAGCCACACUCGUAACCGAGACGUCCGUUUCGUGGUGUCCUAACAGCAUGAUCUUGCUCAUAGUCCUGGCCACGUCACUGGUGGCGUCGACGAUCGCCGAAUCCUACGAGGACAGAGAAUACAUUCAGUACAGAGGUCCUCCAGCGCCAUUGACCAGCGAUGGGAUGGUCAUGGACACGCCGGAAGUGGCCCAUGCGAGGGCUGCCCACCUAGCGUUGCACGCUGAAANNNUGGCCAGACUGAGGAAGGCUCAGAACGAUUACGAGAUGUACGAAAAUAACGAAAUGUCGUACAUGCCGCAAGUGAUGGACCCUGUCGAGACCGUGAUGCAGAAGAGGCAGAGGCAGAGGGAAUACAUGCCUUUGGAAAGCGAUGGAAAUGCUAUGGAGAAUCCCGAGAUGACAGAUGCGAAGAGUUCUCGUUUGACAACGCGUGCACGAGCAGCCUCGAAGGCGUCGGAAUUUUACGAGUUUGACAUCUUCGAUGGACGAAAAAAUUUGGUUUACCUGGCACCCGUUCGAGUUACCUACAAACACGCGCCAACAAUGGGUUACAGAGGACCACUAGCGCCACUCGGCCCAGAUGGCCGCGUGGUGGAUACACCGGAAGUGAUGAGGGCGCGCGAGGCGCAUAUGAAGGCACACGCUCGCGCUGUAGCACUCUCCACUCAGAACGAUCUUUACUAUUAAAACGAGAUAGGAUUUCUUUUCUUGAUUC